AUGUCAAGACUUCCAAAAUUACGCCCACAGGCUUACUUCCAACCAAUUGCUCAGACAGCAAGACCAAUUCCAUACUCAUCUCGAACACGUUUUAUGAAAAUUGAGCUCGAAUCAAAAGAUAUAUCUUAUGAAGAGAUCUUAGACUUGAAGAAAAAGAAAGCAUUCUUAGAAAUAGAACUCCAAAAUAUAUCUGCAAAGCUUUCUAGAUCAACAAAUCCAAGAAAUCAAACUGUACAGACAAAAACGAAUAAUUUGUAUAUGGAAUCACUAGCGAGACAAGUAAAUUCCAUGAAUUACAUAGCAAAGCAGAAACGACAAGAUAUACGAAAACUCGAAAAAUCUGAUCUUGCAGCUUCGAUUGCAGAAUUGGAAGAAGAAACGAAUAUAUUUUUCCUUGAAAUAGAAAGAUUAGAAAAAGAGAAGAAAGAUAGUGCAAGAGAUUUAGCUCAAAUUUCACAGAAAGCUGAUAUCUUAUUAACAGAGUAUUCAGAUGAUAACUUUGAGAAGUUAGAGCAAUCGAUCGCAGCAUUGCAAAGACAAAUAGAGAUAGAAAAGAAGCAAAAUUCAGAGUUAGAAAAUAAAAUUAAACAAAUUAAAGAAACAAACGAUUUUAUAGCAAAAACACGUGGCCAUCCAGAACUUCAAAAAGAGAUUAGAGAAUUACAACAGCAGGUAAAAGCUAAGCAAAAAGAAAUUCAUGAUCAUCAAGAUAUAAUAGAUGAAAUCUCAUUUUACUAA